AUGGCAACUCGACCACAACCAUGUAACGAUCUUGAAGAAGAGGCGUAUGAAUAUGAUAAACCUCCACUGUAUAACACUGCUUACGCUCAUGAAGAACUUGCUAAACGGUGUACAUGUAUAUCAAAUAUCUUCCGUAGUCUGUCAUGUAUCCCUGGAAACGGCCUUGAGCUUUCACAGCAUCUGGGAUUAAUGAACACCCUGGGAAAAUUAUUACUGCUGCAUCAUCGUCAUCUACCUCGAUCGAAAAAACACAAGUUCGAUAAAGACUUGAGUGACUGGAAUGAUAAUGAAGAUGGGGUGAAGGAGGGCGAAUGGUGGUGGGCGUGUCUGGACAUACUUCGAGAAAAUACCCUAGUCAUUUACGCAAAUAUCAGUGGAAAGUUAAAACUUGCUGAUUAUCCCGAAAAUAUUGCUUUCCCAAUUUUAGACGGAUUACUUCAUUGGGUGGUUUGUUCUUCAUCAUGUGCUCGAGAUCCAAUGCCUAACAUGCCUCCAAAUUCCGUCCUUUCCCCUCAAAGACUAGUGCUAGAGGCGCUCUGUAAACUGUGUAUUCAUGACACAAACGUAGAUUUAUUACUGGCCACGCCUCCUUUCGAACGUGUGAUUGACUUGUUUGAAACGUUAGUGAAGUUAUUGGCCAACCGUAAAGAGCAGGUCACUCAAGAAUUUUCCAUUGUUUUAUUAUCAGAACUUGUGAAAGGUGAUUCAAGUAUCGCUCGUGCGCUUGCCUUGCAACAUCAGUGUAUAUCUUUACUAGUAGACUUUCUCGAAACGGCAGAACAGAACGCUCACCAGGUGGCUAAAUCUCAAGGAAUAAGCGUUCUUCAAAAUAACCCUGAAUCCAUGGGAACUAGUUUGGACAUGUUACGUCGUUCCGCAACCAUUCUCGUUCAUUUAGCACGCGUCGAGGAAAAUCGAACAUUAUUCGUACAUCAACAGAGUCGAAUAUUGGCUCUUGUGAUGUCACAGAUUCUCGAUCAGACUGUAGCGAAAAUUCUUUCCGAUGUUUUGUUUGAAUGCUCUCAACUGUCGUAG